CACGCUGAGGCUUAGCUGGCCAGCUGCUUCUGCUAAAACCCUAAUCAUCCCUUCGAUUGAUUGUGUUACUGUGCAUGAGGACUUCUUUCUUUACUCUCUGAUCAACGCAUCCACUGGGAUUUCAAUAUCCUCCCGUUUUAUAAUGGCGGACGCAUUAGAUACCCUCAUUUCCAUUGCCCAAUCCGUCUCAACUGCGUCCACCACCAAACGGGUUCUCAUAUUCCGUGAUGAAAUCCCAUCAAUUUUGAAUAACUUAGAAAUGUCUACAGACCUGUCAUCGUCAUUGACAGAUGUGAUCUUUAGAACACUUCCUAUUUAUGAUGAUCGUAGAUCAAGGAAAGCUGUUGAUGAUGUGAUUGUGAAAGCUUUACGGGAAACAGUGUUCAUGAAAACUUUUGCUGCAGCCCUUGUUCAGAAUAUGGAAAAGCACUCGAAGUUUCAAUCACAUAUAGGCUGCUAUAGACUGCUCAGUUGGUCAUGCCUUCUUCUAAGCAAUAGCCAGUUUGCCACUGUUUCAAAGAAUGCUUUGUGUAGAGUAGCUGUAGCUCAAGCUUCAUUGCUAGAAAUUGCCAUGCAAAGAUCAUUCCGUGAGCAAAGGGCAUGCAAGAAAAAGUUUUUUCAUUUGUUUUCUCAGAUGCCUAAUAUUUAUAAAGUCUAUGUGGAAGAACUGAAGGAUUCUCGGAUCCCAUUCAAGGACAGUCCUGAAUUAUUAUUGUUGUUACUGAAGUUCUCUAUUCAAUCUCCAUCUUUAUUUAGAGAAUUUAAGUCAGCAUUUGUUGAUAUAUAUGUUCAAGCAAUACUUAAUGCAAAAGAAAAGCCAAGAAAUAGUCUUACUGAAGCAUUUUCUCCCCUUUAUUCACAAAUGUCACAUGAAGAUUUUCAAAAUAUCGUGGUCCCAUCCUCUCUUAAAAUGCUGAAGCGAAACCCAGAGAUUGUGUUGGAAUCUGUUGGAAUUCUUUUGAAGUCUGUUAAGCUUGAUUUGAGCAAGUAUGCUUUGGAGAUUCUUUUAGUGGUGUUAGCACAGGCCAGGCAUGCUGAUGAAGGGAGGCGGGAUGGAGCAUUAGCUAUUGUCAAGAGUUUGAGCCAGAAGUCUAGCAACGCAGAUACUUUAGAAGCGAUGUUUAAUGCUGUGAAAGCUGUUAUUAAGGGCUCAGAAGGAAGACUAGCUUUUCCAUAUCAGAGAGUUGGGAUGGUGAAUGCAAUACAAGAAUUAUCUUAUUCAGCUGAUGGGAAACACCUCCUCAGCCUUUCACAUGCAAUAUGCAAUUUUCUUUUAUCAUUCUACAAGGAUGGUGGAAAUGAGGAGGUAAAAAUUGCAAUUUUGUCAGCUUUAGCUUCUUGGGCGAGAAAAUCUGUAGAUUUGAUUGAAGACAACACUGUUGCCUUUUUUGUUUCUGGUCUCAAAGAGAAGGAACCAUUACGAAGGGCAUUCCUACGUUGUCUACAUGCUGUUUGCAAAAAUGUGGAUGCUACCAUGAAGAUGUCACCUUUGCUAGGACCCCUUGUCCAACUUGUAAAAUCUGGUUUUACCAAGGCAGCGCAACGAUUGGAUGGAAUAUAUGCAUUGCUAUUAGUUGGGAAGAUAGCUGCUAUUGAUAUUAAAGCUGAGGAAACAUUGGUGAAGGAAAAGAUAUGGUCUGUGAUAUCGCAGAAUGAGCCUUCUCUCAUCCCAAUUUCCAUGGCUUCAAAGCUGUCAGUUGAGGAUUGCAUGGUGUGUGUUGAACUUCUUGAAGUGUUACUUAUGGAACAUUUGCAGCGAACAUUGGCCAACUUCUCUGCCAAGCUGCUGUUACAGUUAAUGAUCUUUUUUUUAUGCCAUCCGGGUUGGGAUAUUCGAAGAAUGGCUUAUAAUACUGCUAGGGGGAUUAUCUCUUCUGCUCCACAAUUAUGUGAAGAUCUUUUCUUUGAAUUUUCUAAUUUUCUUUCUUUGGUUGGAGAGAAACUUUGUGCUUCAAGGAUAAGCGACACUGAUAUUUCUUCCGACCCUCAAGUUCCUUUCAUUCCAUCUGUUGAGGUUUUGGUGAAGGCUCUUCUGGUAAUGUCACCAGCAGCUCUGAAGGUUGCUCCAGAUUCAUUUAUCCAAAUAAUAUUUUGCUCACAUCAUCCAUGUGUCGCUGACAGUGCAAGAAGGGAAGUAGUGUGGAAGAGGCUCUCAAAGUGUCUUCGAGCAAAUGGGUUUGAUGUCAUUGAUAUCCUUUCGGCAAAUGUGAUGAAUAUUUGCAAGGUCUUACUGGGACCAGCAGGUUUGACUAGUGAUAAUUUACUUGAACAACGGGCAGCAAUUUCCUCACUUUCCACAAUGAUGUCUAUAAUUCCUGGAGAUACAUAUGAAGAGUUUGAAAAGCAUUUGCUAAAUCUCCCUGACCGGUUCUCACAUGAUAAACUUUCAGAGAAUGACAUUCGGAUUUUUUAUACCCCUGAGGGAAUUCUUUCCACCGAGCAAGGAGUUUAUGUUGCAGAGUCUGUUGCUGUGAAGAAUACAAAACAAGCAAAGGGUCGCUUCCGAAUGUAUGAUGAUCAAGAUGGCGUGGAUGAUGCUGGUUCUAACCAUAUAGUGAAGAGAGAUCAACCUAGCCGAGAAGCUGCUGGUGCAGGGAAAAGGGAUACUACAAAAGUGAUAAAGAAGGCUGACAAGGGGAAAACAGCAAAAGAGGAGGCUAGAGAAUUGCUUCUUAAAGAGGAGGCUUCUAUCCGGGAUAGAGUCUUCAAAAUUCAGAAAAGCCUAUCUCUUAUGCUAAGAGCUCUAGGAGAGAUGGCCAUUGCGAAUCCAGUUUAUGCACACAGUAAAUUGCCUUCAAUGGUCAAUUUUGUUGUGCCUUUAUUGCAAUCACCUGUUGUAAGUCAUGAGGCCUUUGAAACCAUGAUAAAGCUAUCAAGAUGCACUGCUCCUCCUCUAUGCAAUUGGGCCCUUGACAUUUCCACUGCUUUACGCUUAGUUGUGACUGAUGAAGUUCGUCUUCUGUUGGAUCUGAUACCUUCGGUUGUGGAUGAGGAAGGUGAUGGAAGGCCAUCCAUCAGCCUUUUUGAGCGAAUAUUAAAUGGAUUAUCCACUUCUUGUAAAUCAGGGCCACUUCCUGUUGAUUCUUUUUCUUUUGUAUUCCCAAUAAUGGAGCGUAUUCUUCUGUGCUCAAAGAAAACAAAAUUUCAUGAUGAUGUGCUUCGGAUACUUUAUUUACACCUUGAUCCCCAUCUUCCCCUUCCUAGGAUCCAAAUGUUAUCGGUUCUCUAUCAUGUGCUUGGUGUUGUGCCAGCUUAUCAGGCAUCAAUAGGACCUGCACUAAAUGAGUUGAGUCUUGGUUUGCAGCCUGAUGAAGUUGCUGCCGCUCUUUGCGGAGUUUAUGCAAAAGAUGUUCACGUACGUUUGGCAUGCUUGAAUGCUGUCAAAUGUAUCCCUGCUGUUGCUACUCGUUCUGUUCCAGAGAACACUGAGGUUGCAACAAGUAUAUGGAUUGGCUUACAUGAUCCUGAGAAGUCAGUUGCUGAAGUUGCUGAAGAAAUAUGGGAUCAUUAUGGUUUUGACAUUGGAACUGACUUUUCGGGGCUAUUCAAAGCACUGUCUAAUGUGAACUACAAUGUGCGCUUGGCAGCUGCGGAAGCAUUGGCUGCUGCCUUGGAUGAACUCCCAGAAUCUAUUCAUGAAUCCCUUUCCACUUUAUUUUCACUGUAUAUUCGUGACAUGGGUAUUGGGGAUGAUAAUAUUGAUGCUGGUUGGUUGGGUCGGCAAGGAAUAGCAUUGGCGCUUCAUUCUGCUGCUGAUAUAUUGAGAACAAAAGACCUACCUUUUGUCAUGACGUUUCUAAUAUCAAGAGCACUGGCUGAUCCAAAUUCAGAUGUUAGAGGGAAAAUGAUUAAUGCUGGUAUCAUGAUCAUUGAUAAGCACGGAAGAGAAAAUGUCUCUCUGUUAUUCCCAAUCUUUGAAAACUACUUGAACAAAACAGCAUCGGAUGAGGAAAAAUAUGACUUGGUUCGGGAGGGUGUGGUUAUAUUCACUGGAGCCCUGGCAAAACACUUGGCAAAGGAUGACCCUAAGGUUCAUACUGUGGUGGACAAGUUGCUGGAUGUUUUAAAUACUCCUUCAGAAGCUGUUCAACGAGCAGUUGCAAUGUGUCUUUCUCCAUUAAUGCAAUCAAAGCAAGAUGACUCAGCGGCUCUUGUUAGCAGACUUUUGGAUCAGAUGAUGAAAAGUGAAAAAUAUGGAGAACGUCGGGGAGCUGCAUUUGGACUCGCAGGAGUGGUUAAGGGUUUUGGCAUUUCUUGCUUGAAGAAGUAUAGGAUUGUGGCUCUACUUCAAGAAGGUCUUGCUGACAGGAAUUCAGCAAAAUCUCGUGAAGGAGCCUUACUUGGAUUUGAAUGCCUCUGCGAAACACUUGGAAGACUGUUUGAACCGUAUGCUAUUACAAAAGAGAUUGUUGUUGUUCUUGCUGUUUCUGUUGAUAUUAUAUUGUAUUUUAAAGCCUUAUUCACAUUUUGGUUCAGGUAUGUGAUUCAAAUGUUACCAUUACUUUUGGUUUCCUUCUCUGAUCAAGUUGUUGCAGUUCGUGAAGCAGCUGAAUGUGCUGCCCGUGCAAUGAUGUCUCAACUUACUGCUCAAGGAGUGAAGCUUGUGCUUCCAUCUCUUCUGAAGGGUCUUGAAGAUAAAGCUUGGAGGACAAAACAAAGUAGUGUUCAACUACUUGGUGCUAUGGCAUACUGUGCUCCUCAACAGCUAUCUCAGUGCCUCCCUAAGAUUGUCCCCAAGCUGACCGAGGUUUUAACUGACACGCAUCCUAAAGUUCAGUCAGCUGGACAGAUGGCCCUUCAACAGGUUGGGAGUGUAAUAAGGAAUCCAGAAAUAGCUGCUCUUGUCCCUACGCUUCUUAUGGGUCUUUCUGAUCCCAAUGAACACACAAAAUACUCCCUUGACAUUCUUCUCCAAACAACAUUUGUUAAUUCAAUUGAUGCCCCUUCACUUGCAUUAUUGGUACCAAUAGUGCAUAGAGGACUGAGGGAAAGGAGUGCUGACACUAAGAAGAAAGCAGCACAAAUAGUUGGAAAUAUGUGUUCCUUGGUUACAGAACCAAAGGAUAUGAUUCCAUAUAUAGGAUUGCUGCUUCCUGAAGUGAAAAAGGUUCUUGUGGAUCCGAUACCUGAAGUUCGUUCAGUCGCAGCUAGGGCCCUUGGAUCCCUUAUCAGAGGAAUGGGUGAAGAUAACUUCCCAGAUCUUGUCCCUUGGUUGUUUGACACACUCAAGUCUGAAAAUAGUAAUGUUGAACGCUCUGGAGCUGCUCAAGGCUUGAGUGAGGUCUUAGCUGCACUGGGCAUUGAGUACUUUGAGCACGCACUUCCUGAUGUCAUUCGAAAUUGUUCCCAUCAAAGAGCAUCUGUACGAGAUGGAUAUUUGACACUGUUCAAGUAUUUGCCGCGGUCAUUGGGAGUCCAGUUCCAAAACUAUCUGCAACAGGUGCUGCCUGCUAUCCGAGAUGGUCUUGCUGAUGAGAAUGAAUCUGUACGUGAUGCUGCCCUAGGAGCUGGACAUGUCCUGGUUGAGCAUUAUGCAACAACGUCUUUACCUCUGCUCCUUCCAGCUGUAGAAGAUGGCAUUUUUAAUGACAGUUGGCGUAUCCGACAGAGCUCAGUGGAGUUGUUGGGCGAUCUUUUAUUCAAAGUUGCUGGAACCUCUGGUAAAGCUUUGCUUGAGGGGGGAAGUGAUGAUGAAGGUGCCAGUACUGAGGCCCAUGGGCGAGCUAUCGUUGAGGUUCUGGGAAGGGAUAAGCGUAAUGAAGUACUUGCUGCACUGUAUAUGGUUCGAACUGAUGUUAGUUUGUCAGUCCGCCAGGCUGCAUUGCAUGUGUGGAAAACUAUUGUUGCAAAUACUCCCAAGACUCUCAAGGAAAUCAUGCCAGUUCUGAUGGAUACCCUGAUUUCUUCCCUUGCAUCGUCAUCAUUUGAAAGGCGGCAGGUUGCUGGACGAUCACUGGGUGAGCUUGUCCGGAAGCUUGGUGAACGGGUGCUUCCCUUGAUAAUCCCAAUUUUAUCCCAGGGGCUGGAUGACCCUGACAGCAGCAGAAGACAGGGUGUAUGCAUUGGUCUGAGUGAAGUGAUGGCAAGUGCUGGUAAGAGUCAGUUGUUGAGUUUCAUGGAUGAUCUCAUCCCCCCAUUCGAACUGCCCUUUGUGAUAGUGUUGCUGAGGUCCGCGAAUCAGCAGUUUAGCAUUCGGCACUCUUUAUAAGGUUGAUGG